ACGAAUUACGAAAGAUUUUUUCUUGAUUGAAUAUAUCGGUGUGUUUGUUGUUAUUAACGUUCAAAGCCAAUUAAAUUUGUUGUUCAAAUCUUGUUGAGCAAUCUGCAAUUAUGUUUUCCUGUUGUCGCUGUGUAAAUCCCAAAUCGCCAAAGUAUAAGAAAAAGGGCGUAGAAGCCGACGACUCCAGCGGUGAGUGUAACAAAGAUCCUUGCCAUGGCGAUAACCUAUCAAGUGAAGAAGAAAUCAAAGUGGAAAUAAUUGAAACCGAGGAAAAACCAGUGGAGGGGGAACCACACAUAGGAACUCUACCAUGUGAUGUGGUGGAACCAUCCGUUACGCUUGGGACACAUUCUUCGCCUGGGAAAAUAAAUUCGGUGGAGCUGCAAAACCAAGACCCAUCCAACGACACCAGCCCCAAGUCAUCUCCGAAUAAGGAUUCAACAUCUAGUGAAAGCAACCAGCAACCUGUUGUGCAGGAACCUACCGAAUCGGAAUGUACGAGUAACAACGGUUCUACUGCACAAAUAAUACCCACUACAGUGGCCGAGGUGGAAGAUGCUCGUGAAACCACCGACAACGAAAGUGGCUCCGGACAGCUGAAAUGUGAGGGGAAUGAUGUAAUAGUGGAACAGCCGAAGGCAAACCCCGCGAAAAAUGAUCCUGCCACGGAGGAAAAAUCAGACCACAAUGCAAAUGAUGAAUCUGAAUCGUCGGACACGGAUAAUGUUAAUUCGGAAAACCUCGAACAAACAUCGGAAAUUGAAGUUAUACUGGGACCUGAAAAACAAUCACCGGUAAUUCAGCCGGAACUAGACGAAAAGGUUGAAGUUGAACUUGAGGAACCCACGUCAGACAGAAUUCAGCGCCUAAAAAGUGACACUAGCAACAGUCAGGCAACGAUUGAGGAAACAGUGGAUGUACAAAGUUACUUGUCGAAAGAAAACUCACAAUCUGAAGAAGCGUCUAGUGAUCAUGAUAAAGACAACAAUAGCAACAAAGAGGUGUGUAGUGAUGACAAUCAUGUGCCUGAGAGUGUACCAGAAAAGGUUGUAGCAGAUCCCGAAGAACCUAUUAGUGAAAAAAGUGAUCCAAUAUCUGCGAACAAAACUCCCAGUAGCUAUGUAGUAUGUGAACCCGAACCCAACGAAAACUGCCAGGACCCUCCCAGUCGCAAAGAAUCGGCCAAUAGUGAUGAUUCGACCCUUCGCACCCAGUUAUCGUUUAAGGAAAGUUGUCUAUCGCGGCGGUCUUCGUCCAAGUCAUCAAUCAAGAAGAAGGUGGCAUACAACGACAGUACAGAAAUAAUUCCACCUCCGGAGUAUUCCCCAGCUGGCAACAACGACGACGACGAAGUGUUUUCCGACUCGAUACCGCCCAGGCUACCGCGGGGCAAUAUGUGCGCCCCGUAUGCCACCAAACGGGGCUCUCUGCCGGGGCUGGUUGCACUUCCGGAUUGGUUCGCCGAGGACCGGUUGAUGAUGGAGGAGGGUGGCAUUAUGGAACCACCCACGACACCCAUCGGCCGGGACGAGUUGGCGCUGAGACGGCACCGGUUCUUCUCUGAUCUCCUGAAUGCGGCCCACGCCGCUGUAGAGCAUCGAGUGCGCUUUGAUCCGCUCGGGCCGUCGGUGGCUAAGGAGGACGACGAAGUGUACCCAGACUGUGACCCGGAUCUAAAGCCAUCGUCAUCCCGUGAGUUAGAACAUCUCAUCGAUCGUCUCGAACGGAUAGUGGACCGCCUUGAGCGAACCGUUUCAGCACGUGAAUUGGAAGAAACUCGUCGCAUCUUGAAAGGAGUUUGCGACGCUGGAAAGGCUGUAGUCUCGGUAGCUGACGAAUCCACAGAUACCGGUGGAGAAGACGACAAACUGUUGGACCCCACCUUACCGAGUGAUCUUCCUACGGUUCUUCCCUCGACACCGCCGCCAUCAGCGUCUUACCUGCACCAUCAGCUGGACAGUCUUGAAGCAACUCUCUUUCCAGAGCUUAACUCCGUUGAACCGACCGCUGCCAAGGAUCAGCCUCAAGUAGACCAAUCGUUAGAUACUCUACCAACCGUUAUCUCGCAAGUAGUAUUAGAUAAUUCAAUUAGUAGUAAUAACAGUAACGAUCAAGAGCAAAAUUCAGUAUUAGAAAUUGCUGACUACCCUCCACCGGACGACUUCUGCAACGCAACUCCUCCCUCAGACAACAUGAGUGUAAACGCGUAUGAGGACAUCCUUCUGGGAUCUUUUGCCAACUUUCUAGCUUUGUCUAAGAAAAUCGGAGGGGAUGUUGAAGUACAGGCCGACCUAGUUAAGCAUGCUUUCAAUGCCCAGUUUGCGUUUGUGCGAACCGCAUCCGAAUCAAGUGCUCCAUCCAACAACGAUUUGCAAAGUCUGCUCAAACCAACGUCCGACCAAAUUGCUGCCAUUCAAAGUUUCCGGGAAAAGCAUCGUACUUCACAAUACUUCAACCAUCUCUCGGCGAUUAGUGAAAGCAUCCCCGCCCUCGGAUGGGUUUGUGUGGCGCCGACCCCAGGUCCGUACGUUAAAGAAAUGAACGACGCCGGCCAGUUCUACACAAAUCGUGUACUGAAAGACUGGAAGGAGAAGAGCGCUACCCACGUGGAGUGGGCCCGAGCUUGGAUUCAAACCUUGACGGAAUUGCAGCAAUAUAUCAAACAGCAUCACACCACAGGACUGGUUUGGGCCGGUAAAAACAAACCCGCAGUCGGGGGCGCAGGUGCUCCUCCUCCACCUCCACCGUGCGGUCUGCCACCACCACCCCCGAUGAUGCCACUGGGUGAUGUGAAUGCUGCCGAAGGAGGUGACGACCGGAGCGCUCUGUUCGCACAAAUCAAUCAAGGAGAGGACAUUACCAAAGGACUCAAAAAGGUCACCUCAGAGAUGCAAACUCAUAAAAAUCCUUCUCUCCGUUCGGGGCCUGCGCCGUACAAGGCACCAGCCGGCAUCACCAAUGGUACCAAAUCCGUUAGUGCACCCACAGCAGCCGUCGCCAAGCCACCGUCGUUCGUUCGUGAUGGUAAGAAAUGGCUGAUCGAGUAUCAAAAAGGCAACAGCAAUUUGGUUGUCGAAGAUGCCGAAAUGAACAACGUAGUCUACAUGUUCAGGUGCGAAAACUCCAGCCUGCAGAUCAAGGGUAAGAUCAACAGUGUCGUCAUGGACUCCUGCAAGAAGUGCUCACUAGUCUUCGACUCGCUGGUGGCAUCCGCAGAGUUUGUCAAUUGCCAAAGCGUGCAGAUGCAGGUUCUUGGAAAGGUUCCAACGAUUUCCAUCGAUAAGACUGAUGGAUGCCAAAUGUAUUUGUCGGCGGACUCGUUGGAUGUUGAAAUUGUCAGCUCGAAGUCGUCCGAGAUGAAUGUUAUGAUUCCCAAGGGAACUAGCGGAGAUUAUGUCGAACAACCCAUCCCGGAGCAGUUCAAGACCCUUAUUAAGGGUGAAAGCCUGAACACCACCUGCGUGGAAAGCCUUGGCUAGGCAAAGCAAACAUUUUUGCGCGAUAUGUUGGACAAAUUUACUAUCGGUAUAAUAGUAAUUAGCGAAGAAGCAAAAUGAUAUCAUUUCGAGAAACAAACUUAUACUAAACUAAGUAAUAACAGUUAAAUACAAUUUUUAUACCUAACGAUCCUAGGAAAAGAGAAAAGCUCACUAACAUUUCAUGCAUUUUCGUCUUCGAUGCUAUUGCUAGUCAUUUCUUGAUUUUCUUUUUGCAAUAUUCGACAACUUCGGUUUGACUUGGCUGUUGUAUUCACUGUUUUACAACCCUACUUAUACAAAACGCAAGGCAUUUUAGCAAUAAAAAAAUAUGAAAACAUAAAACUGCUAAUAUUUUCCACAGAUAAAUAGCUUAGCCAAAAUAUAUAACCAUCAAUGUAUGUCCCCAUAACAUAGUUCAGAUAUCAUAUUCAAAUUGACGUGCAAAUUAAUGAUAUUCUGCCUUGAGUUUUAGGAUUUCCCUUAAGCAUGCCUCAAUAACAGAUCUAUCAUCCUAAUUGUUUCAAAUGGAAUUUAUCAAAAUCCUCUAUUUUACGCGUUGAAGUAUUUCAUAACAUCUUUUAUCAAUCGUUGAAAGAAAUAGUAAGCAAACAGCAUUUGAGCAAAUUAGCGUAAAUAUGAAUAAUCGAUUUUUAUUUAACUAUCACCAUCGACUGGAACAGAUCAGCGAAAGCAAUUUGCGCGCGUGGUAGACUUUCACUUACAGACAAGUGAUGGAAAAAACAAAGAAUGUUUUGACGUUCAGCAUAAUAGCAUAUAUCCUAGAAAGUUUGAUCAUCAAGGCAUGUGAUUCACCGUAUCGAAGGCAUUGUGAAAGGAAAGGUUUUUUUGGAACUGGUUUGUAUUUUAAAAGCAGUACUCUACACAAUAAUAUAUAUAAUGGUAAUGAAGAAA